AUGGGCGGCACGGCAGGGACCGAGUUCCUGGGCUCAAUGCAAAAUGUGUUUGAGGAGGCUCAGGGACAGGGCUUCACUGCGCUAACGGAUUUCCGCAAGUUGACAGGCAGCAUACUCAAGUUUCUCCGGGCCUGCAGAAAGAUGACGGGUGCCAGAGCCCGUGCCAGCUGUCCGAUUCGCUUGCCAGAUGGUCGCAAUGUCAGAACGCACGUGGCAUUGCCUCCGACAGGCCUGAAUCUCAACAGAGAAACGAACAGGAGAUUGCGGGAGGCACACUCCUCCAACGAGUUUUGCGGUAUUUUGCUCUCACAAGUACACGAACAACUACAUGCCAAACGAUCAGAUUCGGGCAAGGGAGGAAAGAACAUGACAACGUCUGCCGCUUCUCGGAGGCCAAUUUCGAAAAAGAAGAGAACAUUGACGCGUUCACCGGAGCCAACACCGAAUCCGCCAUCAGCAAAGAAGGCACGCCGGCGUCGCAAAACAGUUCAGACACCGCCAGGAUCUGGAAAUGAUGACCACAAGACUAGAGUGAGCGGCCCGACGGCGGGUGAAAGCGAUGGAGAUGUUUUGUCAACGACGCUGGCAUCUGCAACUGACAGAGUGAAAGAGGCUGGCUCCAAACAAAGACCUGGGGCCGUUGUGACCAAGGCGCAAACGGGUGAGAAAGCGGAAAGGGCGACACAUUCGCAGCCCACAAAGUCGCCGACAAAAACACCACGUCCCGCCAAAUCCUGCGAUGGCCUAGCAAACGCCGAAAUGGUUGCCGCAGGGAACUACGGCCCUUUGACACCAGUCAAGCGGCUCAGAAUUGUUAUCCCGAAGAGAAAACGGGAGCUUGAGCAGCAGCAGCAACAGGCAGUUCCACCUGCAGUCACCUCACAAGACGAUGACUCGUACUCCGAUACCUCGAGUGACGAGAGGGGAACAAUGUCAGAUAUUUCUGAAAUAUCGGACUGCGCGUUUCUAAUGGACAUGGACCCUUCCGAGGACCUGGCCCAAGAGAAGACAAAAGAGAGAAGCCUUCGAGUGGCAAAAAAGGUGAGCUACCUCAACUACAAGAGCCAAAGCCUCCAAGUAGUAUGA